AUGUUCGGAACUCUGAAAACAAAUAGCUGUCUUGAUCAUGCCAAAGACCACAUCCCCUUCCUGCCGCACUGCACCUCCAAGACUGAAUUCCUGUCCUACUUGUUCCUCUACAUCUCCAAGAUGCCUUUCCCACCUGUAACCAGACCUCGGAGUCUACCCAACUCCAGCAAAGAAAAACUUCCAGGACCGUCUCCUGUCAUUCUGGUUACAACCACAGAAGAGAAAAGUUCUGUGAAGGAGCGGCUUAAAAAGUUGAGCAAGAAGGCCACGCCGCAUAAAAGCAAGCUGCCCACCAGUCGAGCCACCUCAGGAUUAAGGAUGGAGGGAAGGAAUACGUGGGUUUUGCCUUCAAGACCUGCAGGUCCAACAAGUUCCUCUAAAAGUACUUCAGGCAUCCCGAUCUCUACAACCAACACCUCAAGCAAGAAAAGGCUUCCUAUUAGCGUUUCAGCAACAAGCAUCCCAAUGGAGCCUUCCAGUCCUCCAGCCUCCUCCGGAUCAAGCCACGGAUUGAAUAGCGAAUCAAACUUCUCUCUCAACUUAACUCCCGAGGCCACUUUGCUCCUGCAGAGACGCAACCGUGAGAAGCAGCUCCGCGCAAGUCGAAACAACUCAACAUCCCUGCAACCUAAAGACCGUCUGGCGGCCAAGACAAGUUUUCGAUCCAAUAUCCCAUUGGUGAAGAUCUCUCUUCUCAACGAGCGUCACCGAUACGACGACGUGGAGUAUGAGGAAGAUGAAGAGCAAGGUGUGGAUCAGAGCAUCCUUCUGAAGUGUUCGGAAUGGUUGCGAGGGGUGGAAAAUGCUGCCGGAGCGACCGUUUUGGGAAGGGUGGAUAAAAUCAGUCAGAAGAGCAUCUAA